ACGGCCGGUAGCGGUUGCAGUUCCCCGUCCAGCCGCCGGGCGGAUUCCCCGGGAAGAUUGAAGCCGGGAGCAGAGAGUUCGCGGGAGCGGCUGGUGUCCGGUAACGGAGAUGGCGGGGGAUCCGCAGCCACACGGCCCCUUCAGGAUGGAUUUGAAAAACGGUGGGCCACAGCUUCUGGAUCCAAGCUUCCAGCUGCAGUUGGAGAAUUCACGAGACCAGCUGAAACGGGAGAUCCAGAGAGAGCUGAAGAUUAAGGAAGGGGCCGAAAACCUGCGCAAAGUGUCCACUGAUAAAAAGCAUCAGAGCCAUGUGGAGAGCCAGCUCAGGACUUCCAACCGUCGGUUACAGGACCUUCAUCGCCAACUGCAGGAUCUCAACGGCAGGAUAGUCAUUCUGGACAAGGAGUGCAAGCAAGAUGGCACUGUGUCUCCAGACCCUUGUAUUUUUGAUCAGACCUCGGACCCCAGACAACGGAGGGUGGAGGCUUUGAAAAGGCAGUUGCACAUUGAGACCAAGGUUAAACAGGGGGCAGAGAACAUCAUUCAGAUGUUUUCAAAUGGGACUUCAAAGGACCGAAAACUUCUAGCCACAGCUCAGCAGAUGCUACAGGAUUCCCGGAUAAAGACAGAGUUACUCCGUAUGCAGAUUGUGAAGCUAACACAGGCUCCUGGUUCAUUAUCUGACGUCAAUGACCAGACUGGAACUCUAUUGCCAAUAGAGCUCCGGAUAGAGGAGCUCAGACACCAUUUGCGUGUAGAGGCUGCGGUGGCAGAGGGCGCCAAAAAUGUAGUGAAGCUGCUUGGUGGCCGCAGGGUUCAGGACCGCAAGGCACUGGCUGAGGCACAGUCUCGGCUACAUGAGUCCUGCCAGAAGAUAGACAUAUUGCGUCUGUCACUGGAACGCUGUCUGUCUGCACUCCCACUUGGACACCCAAAACAGCAGAUAAUAAAGCAGGAGCUCCAAAGCUACCCGUCGGCAGGAGCAGCAUGGGGCAAAGGCACAAGCCAACCUCUAACCUCUUUCAUAAAAUCAACUGCACUUACUGGCACCUUGGAGAUCCAUGUCUUGGGCUGCCAGGAUCUGUUGGAAACAGUCCCUGGACGUUCUCGAGCAGCAUCAGUCCCCGGAAGUCCGAAUGAAUCAAAGAACUUUAUUCGCUACCGGCCUGGAGGCAGUGCCCAUGCUCGUGGAGGAUCAGGACGCAGCCUGCGGUCAGAUGAACUCUGUGGAGAUGUAAUGUGUGUCUUGAAAGUUGAUAACAAGCCAGUCAGACAGACAAACUGGGGCCUCGUGAAUAACCAAGGUUGGAAUCAGCGUUUCACCAUUGAACUGGAAAGGUCGCGGGAGCUGGAAAUCUCUGUGCAUUGGCGAGAUUGGCGUGAGCUGUGUGCUGUGCGCUUCUUACGCUUAGAGGAUUUCCUGGAUAACGAACGACAUGGAGUGUGUCUGCAGCUGGAACCUCAGGGAAUGCUCUUUGCAGAGAUCAUGUUCUGUAACCCUGUGAUGGAGAGGAGAGGAAAAGUGCAGAGACAGAAGCGCAUUUUUCCCAAGCAAAAAGGAAAGGACUUUCUUCGGGCCACCCAGAUGAAUAUCAAUUUUGCUACAUGGGGGCGACUGAUGAUGAGCAUUCUGCCUCCAUGCAGUUCCAUGACCACCCUAAGCCCACCUCUUUCAGUGCAGAAUGCUGCCACUUUUCAGGCCCCUAUUACAAAUAGAGAUGUAUCUGUAAAAAAAUUAAUAUAUGAUGAAGAUACUUCCUUGAAACCCCCAGCUAAACCCCCUCGCCUGUACUUGCAAGAAGAAAGUGUGCAAGAGCCUCCGCCGGCGGCAGACUCUCCUGCCCAGCCAGCAGAGAAGUGCAUGAAGAAGAUUCAUGAAAAUGGGGUAUUUCCUCAAACCGAGAUUAGUAAAUGUCAGAGACGAAAUGCCCUGCAGAUGGAGGAUUUCUCUCUUGUAUCUGUUUUGGGAAGAGGACACUUUGGCAAGGUGCUAUUGGCUGAAUAUAAGGCAUCCGGGAAACUAUUUGCAAUAAAAGCACUCAAGAAACGUGACAUUGUGAGCAGGGAUGAGUUUGAAAGUUUGCAAUGCGAGAAGCGAAUUUUUGAGGUUGUAAAUUCAUCUGGACAUCCUUUUCUGGUGAACAUGUUUGGAUGCUUUCAGACCCAUGAUCACGCAUGCUUUGUCAUGGAAUACCUGCCUGGGGGUGACCUAAUGAUGCACAUACACUCCAACGUAUUCUCCCAACCAGCAACAAGUUUCUACUCUGCCUGUGUCAUCUUGGGCCUCCAGUUUCUUCAUGAACAGAAAAUAAUAUACAGAGACCUGAAGCUGGAUAACCUGCUGAUGGACGCCAGCGGCUUUGUGAAGAUUGCAGACUUCGGGUUAUGUAAAGAAGGGAUGGGAUAUGGGGACAGAACAAACACGUUCUGUGGCACUCCAGAGUUUCUCGCUCCAGAAGUUCUAACGGAAACCUCUUACACAUAUGCAGUGGACUGGUGGGGGCUCGGUGUUCUCAUUUAUGAAAUGCUAGUAGGGGAGUGCCCGUUCCCCGGGGAUGACGAAGAGGAAGUGUUUGAUAGUAUUGUGAAUGAAGAGGUACGAUAUCCACGCUUCUUAUCCAGCGAAGCAAUCAACGUCAUACGGAAGCUUUUGAAGAAAUCCCCAGAGCGUAGGUUGGGGGCAGGACCCAAUGACGCAGAAGAGAUCAAACCUCAUCCCUUCUAUCAGGCAAUAGACUGGGGUGCACUCUAUGCCAGGAAGGUCAAACCUCCCUUUGUUCCCUCUUUAAACAACCCAUUAGAUGUAAGAAACUUUGAUGAAGAGUUCACAGGACAAAAGCCAAUUCUUUCUCCAUCCGACGACCCUCGUCCUGUAGCCGCAAUCGAUCAGAUUCUCUUCCAGGAUUUCGACUUUGUUUCUGAGCAUUUGUUAGCUGGAUAAAGGCUGUGACUAGCCAGGCAUUGCAUAUCCUCAGGUUUCAGGACACUGGGCAGUGUACGAUGCUCCUAUCUGCAAAGAUUCACAACUUGGCCUCAAGUGAGCAGACAUUAGGGACCUAUAUUGAUUAACUUCCAUUCAGCAGUGAAUGAAAAGGACAUUUCUUCACGUCCUUUGCUUUAACAUAUUAUAUGUAUAUAUACAAAUGUAAAAUGAGGCCUUGUGUACGGUGUGGAAAUAGCAUAAGACAAAGAAAUUAUGUUCUGUGCCAGUCCAAGAAAUAUCACUGUUCGUGCCAGCUUUUCUCUAAGAGGUUGCCUGUCGUUCCGUCUGAAGUGACCAAUCCAGUGCUGGAAGAAAACUACCUGUAACUGUGUACUGCUCACCUGAGAGGGAACACUAACUGUGUCAAAAAAAAAAAAAAGCACUAAAAAGUUAAAGAAUGUGUUUGCCCAACCUUGGGGCAAAGAACCUAAUAAUGCAAUGAUCUAAUGGACAUCCAAACUAAAGAUUGUACUUCAGGCAUUUUAGUCGUGUCCCCUUUAUGCAGCUGUGGACAAGACAAAGUUUUAAAUAACAACAAAACAAAAAACACAACUUUGAUAUCUGGGAUUAUCAUGAUCUGUAAACAUGCAGCUCUUUCCAUAUUCAGAUUGUCUACCUCUGCAGAAAACUCUUUGCACAUGAUGAUCAGGCAAAACCCUUGAAGCAAAACAAUAUAUUGUCCUUGCGUUGGAAUGCUUCUAAUAGCUUUACAUUUUAACGGCUAGAGCAAUGCAUUUCCAUAUGACUGACACAGGGUUAAUCGCGAGAAUGAAGCAAUAAAGUGCCAUUUAUCUAACCAGAAACCAAAGCUCUAUUUUCUCAGCACUACUGAAUCCUACUGAGGAUUACAUAUUUUUUUAUUAUCUUAUUGCUCAAGAUGGGUUCCCUUUCAAUAAUUUAUUAAAAUAAAAAAACUCUUCACUUUG